UCAAAACCAUAUGGAUAUAUAUGUGGAAGACAUCAUGACAGAACUUUAUGAGAGGAGAUAAUCGUUUUUUGAGUGGAUUGAGAGGAGCAGAGGGGCUAUGGUGAACUCAUCCCCAGCCGUCGCUGCUCACGCAGAGGGAGAAGAGAUCGAGGUGCUGGAGAGCACUGAUGUCCUUCCUGUAGCUCCAGAGGACCAAUGGAAGUCUCUUUUUGACAAGUAUGACCCAGAAAAUUCAGGCUUCAUCAGCACUGAGCAUUUCCGAGACCUGCUUGCGGCUUAUGGAUCAGAACUGGACCCUCACAAGCUGGAGGUUCUUCUUGCCCUGGCUGAUGGAAAUGCUGACGGAAAGAUCUGCUACCAGGAUUUUGUUAACCUGGUGAGUUCUGCAGAUGAACUUGAGAUGAGCAACAAACGUUCAAACAGUUUCCGUCGAGCGAUCCUGCAAGGGAGUCGGCAGCUCAGGAAUUCGGCACUGAGAGAGGAAGUAGGCUUGGGUCUGUCUCGGAGACUCGUACGUCAUGUUGCCUAUGAGACUUUGCCCAGAGAGGUGGACCGCAAAUGGUACUUUGACAGUUACACCUACUGUCCACCACCAUGGUUUAUGCUGGUCAUCACUAUAGCAGAGGUUGUUGUCUUUAUGUAUUACGGACUGCAGCUGAACCGCUGGGUUCUGCAGGUGUCAUCGCCAUUCUUCCUGAAGGGCCCAUUGCCAUACCACCCGCAGCUCAGAGCUCAGGCCUGGCGCUAUCUUAGCUACAUCUUCAUGCAUGCUGGAAUAGAACACCUGGGCCUAAACAUGGCUAUGCAACUUUUGGUUGGUGUGCCGUUAGAGAUGGUCCAUGGAGCUUUGAGAAUUGGCCUGGUGUAUGUGUGUGGUGUACUGGCAGGUUCAUUGGCUGUAUCAGUGACGGACAUGACAGCACCUGUGGUCGGAUCAUCAGGGGGAGUCUAUGCUCUGGUCUCUGCCCACCUCGCCAAUGUCGUCAUGAACUGGUCAGGGAUGAAGUGUCAGUUCAAGCUCUUCCGUAUGGCAAUGGCUCUGGUGUGCAUGAGUGUGGAGUUUGGUCGUGCUGUCUGGCUCAGAUUCUAUCCCCCAGCUUUCCCACCGUGCCCUAAUCCCAGCUUUGUGGCCCAUCUGGGGGGUGUGGCAGUGGGCCUCACCCUUGGUGUUGUGGUUCUUCAGAACUAUGAACAGCGCUUACAGGAACAGUCCUUGUUCUGGAUCUUCUUUAGUGUCUACACAAUAUUUAUCCUCUGUGGAAUCUUCUGGAACAUUUUCGCUUACAAUCUCUUGGAUGUCAAGUUACCCCCGCCUCCAUGAAGCACAGUGCGUGCGUGCGUGCGUUUGUGUAUGUGUGUGUGUGUGUGACAGGCAACAUAAUUUAACAGUUGUAAAGGUCAUGAAUGAGAAUCAAAUGCUAAGUACCUUACUGCAGUCCUCCUGCGAUGUAAUGUUUGUGUUAAUAGUGCCUAAACCAUGCCAAGUUUUAGUGCCAUCAGAGAAGCUAAAACCGCAGAUUGUGAUGAAUGUAAAUUUGCAGGACAAGCCCAACAGUUGAUGAUUUUUUUCAGCUAUAUAUUUUUUUCCAGCAACCGGGGGCUAUCAAUGAUAGCACAAGUAUUAAUUUCAAAAUAACACCUAGGUUUAGAAGCUGCUGCUGGCUUGUCAACUGACUCAUUCAUAUAUUCUGUGUCAGGUGAAAUAUUUCUCAAUUAUUGAAGGAAUGAAUACAUUAAUUUACCUGGCACAGAACCUGAGGUUGCAUUAGCAAAGAGAAGAAUCAGUAUUUUAUGAGGACCUUUUAGUAAGUUAGAGCCUAUUGUGUGUGAAGGACCCUUAAAAGAUAUUCAAGAUUAAGUGAAGUAGAACGGAAAGGAAUGAACAGCUAGAUAAACUUCUCUCAAUCUUGGAAACAAUUAAGCAUUUUGCAGAAAAUAAUGCAGCGUUACAGGGUUGACAUAAGGGAACUGCAAUAUCUCCCUUUCUGUUCUCAGUGGCGGUCUGCAAGGGAAUUUCCCAGAGUUUAAUAUGUAAAUCAAUAUUAAUCAAAUCAAUCUCUCCC